UUUGGUUCAUGGUUUUAUAUUUCAAAUCUGUCUCCCCUCUCUUGUAGGUUUGUAAAAGAAUGGACUUGGUCUGUCAGAGAAUGUUGAAUCAGGGAUUUCUGAAAGUGGAGAGGUACCACAAUCUGUGUCAGAAGCAAGUGAAAGCACAGCUGCCCAGGAGAGAGUCAGAAAGGAGAAACCAUUCUUUAGCCCGUCAUGCAGACAUCCUUGCUGCUGUGGAAACAAGGCUGUCACUGUUAAAUAUGACUUUCAUGAAGUAUGUGGAUUCCAACCUCUGUUGCUUCAUCCCAGGAAAGGUGAUUGAUGAGAUUUACCGUGUACUGAGAUACGUCAAUUCUACCAGAGCCCCACAGCGAGCCCAUGAAGUGCUCCAGGAAUUACGGGAUAUUUCCUCCAUGGCAAUGGAGUACUUCGAUGAGAAGAUUGUUCCAAUUCUCAAGAGGAAAUUGCCAGGAUCAGAUGUGUCGGGAAGACUCAUGGGCUCUCCUCCAGUUCCUGGACCAUCUGCAGCCCUGACGACAAUGCAGCUCUUCUCCAAGCAAAACCCUUCAAGACAAGAGGUUACCAAACUCCAGCAGCAGGUUAAAACCAAUGGUGCUGGCGUGACUGUCCUCAGGCGUGAAAUUUCUGAGCUUCGCACCAAAGUGCAAGAACAGCAGAAACAGCUUCAAGACCAAGACCAGAAACUGCUAGAGCAGACUCAGAUCAUAGGCGAGCAGAACGCACGGUUGGCAGAGCUGGAACGGAAGCUCCGAGAAGUCAUGGAAAGUGCAGUAGGAACAUCCUCAGGGUCUGGGCAGAGCGAGGAGUCUCCUCGGAAACGGAGAAAGGCAACAGAAGCCAUAGACUCUCUUAGGAAAUCCAAACGACUGCGGAAUAGAAAGUAAAGUGGAAUGUGGCUGUAGCUCCAGAGGAAGACGGCCAUGACUGGGAGCUGAAGCAGUUCUUCCUGUCAGGAUACUGGAGCACCGUGGUGUCCCUUAGGCUUCCAGAUGAUCAGAACACAACUUACACUUGGCUCUUGUGGUUGGCAUCCUUCUCGCGCUUCUCUGGUGGAGCUGAUGCACAGAACCUCCUUCCUUUGCAAUAGAUCUGUACUAACCAGACCCAUGCUGUCAUGUCUGGGAGCUAACGUUUUUCCUGUGCAGAUGAUGUGUUCAGUUUGUUUGUUUCAGCAUAUAUGCACAUUACAUACGGAUUUUAAACAAACCCAUUCUUGACAGACUAAAAGUUUAAGUUUAAUACAUAAAAUGUCCUGUUCACUUGAAAGAAAAAAAUCUACUUUUUAAAUGGACACUAUCUUGUUUUGAAAAAAAAGGUUGACUUUUUGUUUGUUAUAAGUGACCUUUGUCUGGAAUGUCUGAGAAGUAGUUAUUCCUUUGGUGUUGAAGUGAUGGGUAACAGGAAGGACUGCAUAGUGUUGCCUGUAGAAGGGGCUCUACAGUACUGACUAUCUAGUUUUAUAAACUACUGGCAAGGGGUCUUUCCAGUUGUCAGAUCCAUGCUUUCAGUUUCCUUUGGAGCCACGUCCUCCAUUUGCAUGGGUGGAUGCAUGCAUUGCCCAGUCAGCACAUUGCACAGCUCUUCACUGGUGUGGAUCUUGAACCUCUACACCAUUUGGAGAGCUGCACCUUCUUUGGUCUAAGCGCUUAACAGCUUCCUCUGCAGCAGCUUGCCUGUGGGGGAGAAUUGCCAGUCCAUUUGUCCUCCAGUUUUGCAGGCACCAGAGACUGUAAAGUCCGUUGAUGUGUCUCUUCUCUGUAGGGUUCAGGUACACUGGCUAAGACAGAACUCCAAAUCCUGUAGAAGCCAGACCUCUGGGAACUAGUCAUGAUUCUGACUCGUCACUGUGCUCAUGGGUCAACCAUGACUGAAUAGGGACCCAACUGAAGAGAAUUGUACCAUGAAAAAGCAGUUUGAUCAUUUCCUUUCUGGGGGAUGAGCCGAGCGAAGCUUUUGAAUGCCACGUUCAAGCUCCCAUGAUAACUUUGAACAGAAGCUUUAGUUUUCUUUGCACUCCUGUUUCGAGCUUGUAACUGGAAAAGUGUGUCUUGCACUGUCCAACCUUCUGAGGGUCACUUUAAACAUCCUCCAACUGUGUAAAGUGGUUCUUUCCCCGUUGUAUAUGUGUUGAAACAUUCAGCUAUCACUGUCCUAUUUUUAUUUUAAUGUACUAAAUUAUGUAGUUUUGUUCUUUUAAAUGUCUGUUGCUUUGGGCUUCAGUUAUUUAUAGUAAAUUUAGUUGUGAGAUAGUAAAACUAUCCCUUUCCAGGUGAAAGUUGACACCUGUGUAAAACUAAGGUUUUGGUAAAUCCCACAGUGGGAGAAAAGCACGAGGUUGUCAUCCGUCCAACAUGACAUGUUAUGCAUCCUUUAGGUUCCUUUACCAGGUGACACUCUACUGCCCAUCCUUAGUAUUGUCCCUUCAUGAUCCUGCCCUUGGGUUUGGUUCAAGUCCAUUUACAACGUAGUAUGUUUUCAGUGAGAAACCGUAACAUGGCAUCCAAGUGUUUCAUGGUUUGUUGGGAAGGUCAUUUUAAAAUAAAAGUUUUCCUAAAAAGAUUUGUCAGCCAAGGUCAUCCAUAAAGGUCCUUGUCUGGAACUCACUUUCUCAGCAGGUCUCACUUUUGGAAUCCUAGGACGUAGCCAUAUCACCGUAGCCUUGGAGGAGGCCUACUGGGCACUCAGAGCUUGACUUUACUAGUCUGCUGUUCUGGUAGAGGAAGACUUUUUUAAGCAUCAAAGUACAGGUUUUCAAAGUACAACCCUUAUGCAUCAAAUAAAUAAGCCUCAAUUUAUUUCUUCAAUAAUUAUUAAAAUUUCUCGAAAUUUUUUUUUCCAACAACAUCUAACUAGCCUAAAUAUAAUCACUAGUCUUCCAUUAGUUAAUGCGAGUGCAUGGCUUUCAUAAUGAACACUCACAUGGUGAGAAGGGAAAUGUCUGCUGCAUGCACCUGUGGUCUCCAGCCCAUCAGACUGAGUUGCACUUGUUUCAUGAUUAUCUGUAACUAUGAGAAUAAAGAACUACAGCUCGCCUGUCUUGAGCUUUACUCGGAGUAGCUAACACACACUAGGAAGUUGUCUUCACCGUUUAAUACAGUUCUUUGGGAUAGCAGAGUAGCAUUUAGAGUUCUUCAAAUCACACAUUAUUUUAAUAGCUACAACUGACUUGCCAUGGGAAAACUUAACCAGCCUCCUGAGAGAGACCUCUUGCAUUUCCUGGCAGAACCUUACAUGCUAUAGGUGGUUUACAGCAGAUUUCAUACAGUAUUCCCACCAAGAAGCGAUUCCUCUGUUUGACCAGGUCGUUCCCAUGUAUAAGUUGACCCGUGGUACACACUACACACAGGCAUACAAACACGAAAAGACAUGAAUGGGAGGUGAAGAGGACUGGCCCCUGUCCUGCAGAGCCCUGCUCGCCUCCCACACAGACUGCUCUGGUUUCCAACCAACAUGGGUUACAGAAGCUCUUCAAACUUCCCUUCUGAUGUAGAGAGCCUGGAGGUAAAUGGGGGCAAUUAACAGUAACCCCACUGUUGUAAAGACUAUUGGGGUGCCCCAGGUCGAAAGCCAAUGAUUUGGAAUCAGCUUUUUUUUGUAAAACAUUUUUUUGGAGUACUGAACUUCACAGGGGCUUGCCUUAAUUUAGUAGUUUCAAGAUGUAUGCGCUAAUAUUCUAUGUGUUGAAAUGUUAAAAUAUUCUAUGUAGCCCCAAGAGUGGGUAAAACAGAGUUUAAUGCCUAAAUAAAUAAGCUAAAAGGUGUCAGUCACUACAGCUGGAUUUUUUAGAGAAAGUGAACAUAUGAAAAAUAGGCUAUGCGUCAUGAACAAAAAACAAUGGCACCUUGGGAUUGCACUAUUUCAUGCACUGUUUUCUAUGCCAUUUCCUAGCCUGCACUUUUACCUCCAAAGAAAUGCUGUGUAGUGCCCGUUGCUUGCUAGUGAGCUCAUUCCUAACGGCACUAAUUCUAGUUCACUAUGCUGAGUUAGUUUCCGUAACUGCCUUCCUUAUGAGUUCUCUGCUUCCUUAGCCAUAAUCCUUUCUAGGAUCUGAGAACUCCUGUCUCCUCAGUUUCCAACAGUGUAGCAUUUUAAUUUAAUGUAAACCUCAUCCUUGGUGGUGAGCACAGUCAUAGAUCCUCUUCUAGUGGUGAGGACCUGUUUGUUACAUCAACCAAACCUUCAGAGUCGACGCUGUGAGAUCUGAAAGCAGGGCUAUAAGACCUGAGAGGGAACACACAAAAGGACAGCUGAUUCCAACAGGAAAUGUACUAUCCGAUGCUUUGGUUUGAGGUCUGAUGAGUUCCUUUAGGGGACAAGAGGUUCAGUGAACACUACUUAAAUGUAGAGCCCACUACCACCUGCAGGAAGUUAUUUUCAACAAUUGCUAAGUCCACAAAACCGACAGCAAGCACCGGUGGUGAGGUGUGGCCGAGAACUGCUCUCCCUUUGAGUAGCAGUAUGUCACACAGAUAAGACCUAGGGCAGGCCUGAGUGAUGUUGGCCUUUCCCAGCUGCCUAAGAAUCAUGGUUACAUUUCUGAAACUCAAGCAUUAAAGCCACCUUUUCCACAUUGUGUCUGAAGGUAGCCACAUGCUUUAGCAUAGGGGUCCGACCAGGCUAUUGCCAAAGUCUAGUGGUUCAUACUGCCGAAAGGUUAGCCGUGUUGAUUCUUUAUGUGGUACCGUAUGUCUGUUUACUUAUGCUCAUGAGCAACAAUAAACCAUUUUCAUUGUUAUGACCUAGUCAAUUAUUGGAAGGUGGGGAAAAAAGCACCUCCCAGUCACACAACAGGGCACGGAAAUAAACGUGUUGUCACCAGG